ACAUAUAUAAUGACAAAUAGUGAUCAAAUCGAUAUUAAGAUAAAUACGAUUGAAAAUAAUAAAAAUGGUUUAUUUAAGAAAAUACUUUACAAUACUCGUACUCCCGAAGAUCAGGAAAAAUUGGCGGACAAAAUGAGUGACAAAAUAAAGACAACAAUAAUUAAUGACAACAUGUUUGGCCAAAUAGUGACCACUACUCGGACUCCGCAAACAAUUAUAUCACAUAAGAGUACAAUUUAUCCAUUAUUUUUGAACCAAACGAUGUCUAACGAUAUAUACUCGAACAGUACAUUUGCAAUGAGUGCUAUGGCUUCGUUCAAAACAAUUAUAAGCAAAACAUUAGAAUUUGGUGCAAAAAUUAAUCGAAAUGAAUAUCAAAAUUUUUUUGGACGGUUUUAUGGUUUAAGCGAUUUUAUUAUACUAACGACAUGUCAGCACCAAAUGAAACAAAUGUUUUCAACAAAAUCUGAUUAUUUUCUGACUCCAAGUGAACUCUGUAUCGGUUAUUAUAAUUAUAUAGUUUUUAAUUCAUUUAAUAAUCAAAUGCGUGAAAUGUCUGACAAAAUAACAAAACUUGAACAACAAGUUAAUUGUUUGCAUCAAAAAUAUGGUUUAAAUCAGUGUUUUGACUAAAUUUAUAGUAUUAUUAUUUUUUA